AUGCCUGUCGACUUCUCCACGUUAAGGAAUCGUGAGCGCCAACGGGCCGCAGCCUACUUACAAUCCCGUAGUAAAGUCAUUGCUGCUAUCGACGAAAUUUACAACCGUGUCGAAAUCUACAGCUCCGCCCAGAUCGACCCCGCCUCCUAUAAGUUUUUGGGCAUCAAUUGUCAAUCCCUUAAGCUAGACGACGAUGGGAAACACCUUCACCCCCUAAAUUCAGAGCCCUCCGCACAUCCCUCCGCCCUAACUUUCUUUGAACCUCGAGGUGCCGCGUGGGUGGCCCCUGUUCGCGUUACCGACGCAAAACGCAAGGAAGAACUAAGACAAAUCACCGACAAAUGGGACAGCGCCAAAGAUAAUCCGCUAGUACAGAGGCUUCACUCCCAGGCCUUGUAUGUCUUUUCGAGGUUGGAACGGAUGUUCUUCCUAUUCCGCCGAGAGUUCUACCCCGAAGGAGAUGGUAGAGUGCCACCCAACCUCAGGCAAAUGUCCAAAUGGGUGAAGAGUGGGACUAUUGUACCGUCGGUUUUCGCUGAUAAAUUCUACUCAACUAUUUGGGGAUCGAUGCGAUGGUCGCCGGUUGCUGCUUUUGUGGCGAAGAAACCGCUGGAUAAUUUGGCAGCACCACCACAUAUUCUAAUCAUCAUUAUGAUUGAAGAAGACCCCCGCGAAGGGCUGUUCCGGGGAGAGGUGAUGAUCCUUACCGCAGCUAUGGUCACGCGUCUUAAGGGGGAAGAAAGUUUGGAAUACAACACUAUUCCAGUCAUGGCUAUCACGAUUUUCGGACGGAUGAAAGCCCGCGUAAUCGAAGCCCAUUCCAGCCAGCAAGGGAUAGUCAUCAAGAAGACCCAGCUUUUUGAUUUCUCGACCAACCAAGUCGCCAACAAGAAUAUGGACAUUCUGCUUGGAUUCAUGGCCGGCGACCUAGUGGGUGAUCCUAGAGAACCCACAGUUCCUACGAAUACCCAAGAGGUUUGUACUACAGAUGCAAUGAACUCGGAGAAAUAUGCUGACCAUAAAUUAGAACUCACCAAAUCCCGAGAAGGUGGACAAGGCGAAGGGGCGGAACCCUUCGAAAGAUGUUCCGGAAAAUACGCUCGCGGGUUGGGCCAGAUAUAG